ACAGGAGAAGCUUCGAUUUGCAUGCAGCCUGGAUACAGAAACGCCUGGAAAACAUUCUGGAGAGGCCCAGGGAAGGCAAGCGACAGUCGGAAAGUGGCAGUGCCGCGCCGGGGCUAGGACCCAGGUCCCCGCUACGACCAGAGCCUACGUCACCCAGACUCCACCCCCGGGUCGGCGUCUGAGCAGAGCCCCCGCAGUUUCCAAGCCCGCCCCGCGCCCCCUGGUGCGCACACUCAGUGCGACCCCGCCGGCGCACCGCCCACCCAGGUCCUCCAGCCCCAGCGGCUGUGCUCGCGGGGUAAACUGAGGCAGGGGGCGUGCUUGUGAGUUCGUUCCUUCCUCGAUCCACACCCCAGGACCCGCAAAACUGCCUCCCCCUUCUUAGACCCGCAUGGAACAACAGGAAAGGACGGGAGGAAGGGGAGGGGGGCCAAAAGCAAGCAGGAUCUGGGGAGCUGGCAGGUCCUGCCACACUCAAGAUGGCGGCGCGGCAGCGGCGAGGUCCCUCAGAGGCGGUACCAACGCAUGCGCAGCGCGGAGUCCCGGCCCGGGACACAAGAUGGCGGCAGCGGCGCUGGGGAGGGCGAGGCGGAGGCGGCAAAACGGGCGGUCGAGCAGAACGUGUAGCCGCGUCCCCUCGAGUCCGCUCCGGGCAGUUACUGAUGCAAGGAUUCCCCUGGGGUUCCGUCCACUCCACUGCUGACCAGCCCACCCACCUGCGCUGAGCCUUCUGGCAGGCGUCCCCCUGCCUCUGUGGGACCCUGUGACUUGGGGUCCAUCUGGCCGGAGAAGAAAACCCUCUCAUGCUAGCAUUGCAGACCCCAGAGGGUGAGAAAAAGAGGGACCUCGUUCAGCCUUGAGACCUAUGAGCUCAGCCCCCAAGGAACCAGGAGUCCCUUCUCCCCAGAGAACCAAAGCACCGACAGCUCUUUCUCCCCUGGGUCAGUGGUUUCAAACGGUUCUGUUGUCACGGACCCCUUUUGUUGUGUGUGUCCUCGCGCUUCCUGCAUUUUUAUCUGCCACGCUGCACCGAUGAAGUAACCGUUCCCUUUCCCUCUCCAAGUUAACAAAGACGUCUCUGAGUGUACAAUAAAAUCAGUGUCCCAGUGAUUCCUAUGAUGUUGUCAACAGCCAAUCAGAGCUUCUGAUCAGCAUGAGAUAAUCAAUGUGACCACAGUCCGGUGCGGGUGCUGAGAUGGCCAAUGAGAAUCACGGCAGCCCCCGGGAGGAAGCGUCUCUGCUGAGUCACUCCCCCAGCACCUCCAAUCAGAGCCAGUCCUGUUCUCCAAAGCCCAUCCGCCUGGUGCAGGACCUCCCAGAGGAGCUGGUGCAUGCGGGCUGGGAGAAGUGCUGGAGCAGGAGGGAGAACCGCCCCUACUACUUCAACCGCUUCACCAACCAGUCCCUGUGGGAGAUGCCCGUGCUGGGCCAGCAUGACGUGAUUUCGGACCCUUUGGGGCUGAAUGCGACCCCACUGCCCCAAGACUCAAGUUUGGUGGAAACCCCCCCAGCUGAGAACAAGCCCCGAAAGCGGCAGCUCUCGGAAGAGCAGCCAAGCGGCAAUGGUGUGAAGAAGCCCAAGAUUGAAAUCCCUGUGACACCCACGGGCCCAUCGGUGCCUAGCUCCCCCAGUGUGCCAGGAACCCCAACACUGAAGAUUUGGGGGACGUCCCCUGAAGAUAAACAGCAGGCAGCUCUCCUCCGACCCACUGAGGUGUACUGGGAUCUGGACAUCCAGACCAAUGCUGUCAUCAAGCACCGGGGGCCUUCAGAGGUGCUGCCCCCACAUCCCGAGGUGGAACUGCUCCGCUCCCAGCUCAUCCUGAAGCUUCGGCAGCACUACCGGGAGCUGUGCCAGCAGCGAGAGGGCAUUGAACCCCCUCGGGAAUCUUUCAACCGCUGGAUGCUGGAGCGCAAGGUCGUGGACAAAGGCUCGGACCCCCUGUUGCCGAGCAACUGUGAACCAGUGGUGUCGCCUUCCAUGUUUCGUGAAAUCAUGAAUGACAUUCCCAUCAGGUUGUCCCGAAUCAAGUUCCGGGAGGAAGCCAAGCGCCUGCUUUUUAAAUACGCAGAGGCUGCCAGGCGGCUCAUCGAGUCCAGGAGUGCAUCCCCCGACAGCAGGAAGGUGGUUAAGUGGAAUGUGGAGGACACCUUCAGCUGGCUGCGCAAGGACCACUCAGCCUCCAAGGAGGACUACAUGGAUCGCCUGGAGCAUCUGCGGAGGCAGUGUGGCCCCCACGUCUCGGCUGCGGCCAAGGACUCUGUGGAAGGCAUUUGCAGUAAGAUCUACCACAUCUCCCUGGAGUACGUCAAACGGAUCCGAGAGAAGCACCUUGCCAUCCUCAAGGAGAACAACAUCCCAGAGGAGGGGGAGGCCCCAGAGGUGGAGCCCCGCCUGGUGUACUGCUACCCAGUACGGCUGGCCGUGUCUGCACCCCCCAUGCCCAAUGUGGAGAUGCAUAUGGAGAAUAAUGUGGUCUGCAUCCGGUAUAAGGGAGAGAUGGUCAAGGUCAGCCGCAACUACUUCAGCAAGCUGUGGCUCCUUUACCGCUACAGCUGUAUCGAUGACUCUGCCUUUGAGCGGUUCCUGCCCCGAGUCUGGUGUCUUCUCCGACGGUACCAGAUGAUGUUCGGUGUGGGCCUCUACGAGGGAACAGGCCUGCAGGGAUCGCUGCCCGUGCACGUCUUCGAGGCCCUCCACCGUCUCUUUGGCGUCAGCUUUGAGUGCUUCGCCUCGCCCCUCAACUGCUACUUCCGCCAGUACUGCUCUGCCUUCCCCGACACAGAUGGCUACUUUGGCUCCCGGGGGCCCUGCCUGGACUUCUCCCCGCUGAGUGGUUCCUUUGAAGCCAACCCUCCAUUCUGCGAGGAGCUCAUGGAUGCCAUGGUCUCUCACUUCGAGAAACUGCUCGAAAGCUCACCAGAGCCCCUGUCCUUCAUCGUGUUCAUCCCCGAGUGGCGGGAACCCCCGACACCGGCGCUCACCCGCAUGGAGCAGAGCCGCUUCAAACGCCACCAGCUGGUCCUGCCUGCCUUCGAGCAUGAGUACCGCAGUGGCUCCCAGCACGUCUGCAAGAAGGAGGAAAUGCACUACAAGGCUGUCCACAACACGGCGGUGAUCUUCCUACAGAACGACCCUGGCUUUGCCAAGUGGGGGCCGACGCCUGAGCGGCUGCAGGAGCUAAGCACCGCCUACCGGCAGUCAGGCCGCGGCCAUGGCUCCAGCUCUUCCUCCUCCUCCUCCUCAGAGGCCAAGGACCGGGACUCAGGCCGUGAGCAGGGCCCUAGCCGCGAGCCUCACCCCACUUAACACAUCCUGCGGGGAGGAGGAGCCCCAGGGUGCUGGUAUGGACUGCUGGGACUCAGGCCUUUUGGGGCUGAGCAGACCCCAGGAUCCUCCCCCUGGGGUGGCAGCAGGACUCAGGCUGCCAAUGACAUAGGAAGAUGAUGGCUCUGCCAGGGCUCCCCCUCCCUGCCCAAUCCCCCACCUUCCCACGUCAGAUUCUCUCCAAGUCCCCUGUAAAUAGGCCCCAUGCCUUCCAUUCCUUCCCUCCAUCCUGUUGCCUCGUUUCAUUUGUAAAAGGAAAUACAGAAACCCCCCCAAGAA